AAGUAUGCGAGACAGAGACAGAGCGAUCUACUUGCGGAACUAUGUAGCAAAACACACACAUAUAUAUAUAAGAGCUGCCUGUGAGCAGCACAAUUAUCACUAUUAAAAAACAUUCGUUUUGUUCACUUCAACCAACGAAGACGUGUUUAAUUAGAACAGUUUAAACAUUCCAUAACCAAUACUACUAGGAAACAUAGUUACCCUAACCCACGACUGGUAACUGGCGCAGUCGGACUCGUCAUUGGACUAGAAGAAGAGCCGAGGACGAAGACCCCACGCAAUGCAGAUUGGAAUAAUAUUAUUAGCAAAAUGUAUACAAGUUAAGUGCAUCGCAUAAGAACCAACUAGGUUCCCGAGUGAAACAGGCGCCUAUGCCCACUCGCAACGAUCAACAAAGGGCCACCUAGGCUCACGGAUGAAACAGGCGCCUAUGCCCAUCCGCAACGAAAUGUUCAAUCAGCAAGUGUAUUCGUUAGCCGUGUUCUAUUUGUUCACACGCUAUCCUCUAUAUGGCAGUGUGAGGUGCCGAAUUCAUAUCGGUCGAAUAGUUCGCUUACAUUACAGUAGCUGAUGUGAACAUACAUACAAAACGUACAAAAAAAUACAUAUAUACAAACACACAUAUAAUACAUACAUACACAUAUAAGCAUGUAUAUCAAUUCGGCAGUUCUGCGCGACGACUCCGGCGCCUACCUAGCGUCGACGACGUCGCCUGGCUGGCGUUGCGAGUCGCCACCGCCGACUCACGACUAACAGCUAAAUACAGCUAAGCCGAGAAACGGUAAAUGUCGUCCGAUCACGGGUAUUACACAACUACUACCACAGGGUUUGUAACGGAAAAAAUUAAAAAAAAAAAAUAUAUAUAAUAAAAAAUUUUGGCGCGACAUCUAUGGCGCCUAAGCCAGCGUCGUCUACGUCGCUGCCACAGACCACAGCUAUGGAAACAUAGUUACCCUAACCCACGACUGGUAACUCGCGUGGGCGCCAGCAUGCAGACACUGGGCCCCAAUGGACAGCCGCAGUCAUCCGCCGCGCAGACGAGCACCAGGGCCUCCAGUCUGCUGCAGCUCUUCCAGCGGCGAGGUUGGUGCAAGCACUUCCGCAAGCCGCUCCGGGGCAUGAGCGCCUCCCGAGCCGAAAAGACUAUCCGAGCGGCAAUCUUCAUCCAGAAAUGGUAUCGCAGGCAUCAGGCUCGUCGCGAAAUGCAGAGGCGUUGCAAUUGGCAGAUCUUCCAGAACCUGGAGUACGCCAGCGAACAGGACCAGGCUGAGCUGUACAAAUUCUUCAAUGACCUCAUCAAGCACAUGCCCCAGGCGGCGGGCAGGAAGAACCAGUACCAAGGAUCCGCCCAUGUUUCCGUUUUGGAUGAUAAGGACGAUCUCGUCGAAGAGUUUGGAGACAUUGUGAAUGCCAAAAUAGAGUUGCCAAUACGAAAAAAUCAUAUCGAUCUAUUGAUUGACGUCUUCCGCAAGAAACGGGGCAACCGAUUGCAUCCCAAGUAUGUGGCCCUGAUUCUACGUGAAGCUGCCAAAUCGCUAAAGCAGCUGCCCAAUAUUUCUCCGGUGUCCACGGCGGUUUCCCAACAAGUAACGGUUUGCGGCGAUCUGCAUGGAAAAUUGGACGAUCUUCUUGUGGUGCUGCAUAAGAACGGUCUUCCCUCAUCUUCCAAUCCCUACGUGUUCAAUGGCGACUUCGUGGACAGGGGCAAGCGUGGCUUGGAGGUCCUGCUCCUGCUGCUCUCCCUUUACUUGGCUUUUCCCAACGCAGUUUUCCUUAACCGCGGGAACCACGAGGACAGUGUCAUGAAUGCGCGAUAUGGAUUUAUCCGGGAGGUGGAAAGCAAGUAUCCCCGGAAUCACAAGCGAAUCCUGGCCUUCAUCGACGAGGUCUACCGAUGGCUUCCCCUGGGCUCCGUUCUCAACAGUAGAGUCCUAAUCGUGCAUGGAGGCUUCUCGGACAGCACCAGCCUGGAUCUAAUAAAGAGUAUUGACAGGGGCAAGUACGUGUCCAUUUUGCGACCGCCACUUACGGAUGGCGAACCACUGGACAAAACCGAGUGGCAGCAGAUCUUCGACAUAAUGUGGAGUGACCCGCAGGCCACCAUGGGAUGUGUUCCGAACACUCUGCGUGGAGCUGGCGUCUGGUUUGGACCGGAUGUGACUGACAACUUUCUGCAAAGACAUCGACUCAGCUACGUCAUUCGAUCGCACGAGUGCAAGCCCAAUGGCCAUGAGUUUAUGCACGACAACAAGAUAAUUACUAUAUUUUCGGCCUCGAACUACUAUGCCAUUGGAUCCAACAAGGGCGCCUACAUCCGGCUGAACAACCAGCUGAUGCCCCAUUUCGUUCAGUACAUAUCGGCGGCAUCGCAGACCAAGCGAUUAUCCUUCAAACAGCGGAUGGGCAUCGUGGAGAGUUCGGCACUCAAGGAGUUGGCGGUGCGUAUGCGCGAUCAUCGCGACGAGUUGGAGGACGAGUUCCGGAAGUAUGAUCCCAAGGAUAGCGGAUAUAUAUCCAUAUCGCACUGGUGCAAGGUGAUGGAGAACGUGACCAAGUUGGGGCUGCCCUGGAGACUCCUGCGCGAUAAGCUGGCACCAGGCACGGAUAGUCAAAAGGUUAACUAUAAUAGGACGUUGGAUCUGCUGGACACGGAUGUUAUUCUCGAAGCUGAGGCUGAUGGCAUGUCGGUAAUGGAUGCUUUGUAUGCCAACAAAGCCAGCCUGGUUGCCAUUUUUAAUAUAAUUGAUGCCGAUAAUUCGGGCGAAAUUACCCUAGAUGAGUUCGAAACUGCGAUUGACCUGCUGGUGGCCCAUAUGCCAGGUGCCUAUUCGAAGGCGGAAAUGCUGGAGAAGUGCAGAAUGAUGGACCUCAACGGAGAUGGCAAGGUGGACUUGAAUGAAUUCCUGGAAGCGUUCAGGCUGAGUGACCUGCACAGAAAGGAGCAGCAGGACGAAAACAUCAGGAGGCGUUCGACUGGCAGACCAUCCGUGGCCAAAACCGCCACAGAUCCUGUGACUCUCCUGGCCGACAAGAUCUCAAAGAACACGCUGGUUGUGGAACACGACAUCGAUCCCACGGACUGUGAGUCCAAAGUAAUCGAUCCUAAGAAGUCCUAAGAUCAACAAAGUACCAUUAUUGUUUUUUGAGCAAAUUUCUCAGCUCGUACUUAAUUUAAUGUACAUGAAGCAUUUAAGGCUCAUUUGCUUUUAAGUCAUAAUUUUAUACACACCAUAAGUAGUGAAAGCGAGUGUUAACAUUUAUAUAAAGUCAAGUUAAAAAACUACCAAAGAUUAAAUCGAAUUAGAGGCAAAAGUUAUGAAUAUUAAGAUCUCUGCGAAAGCAAAACCAAUAUUUAGCAAAUCUACUGGCCAUUCCCUUUUGAUUUAAAUAAUUUGUAUUUAUAAAAAAUCUCUAUAAGCUAUGUUGAGACUUUAAUAACAAAAGGAAUUAAAAAUGUUAAAAGCUGCAGAAGAUUAUAAGAUUAAGAAAAUAUGUUACUUCAAGUUUAUACUAUCAAAAAUCUAGCGCUUUAUAUAAAUGUAUAGGCAAAUAAACAUAAACGUUAAUUGUUUAUCUAACCAUAAAAAGUUUAAGCCCAAGGGAUCAACAAUACAUUUUAUAUAUUAUUACACCUAGUUCUAAAAUUUUAUAAAAAUGCCAUGUUAACAACCAAACAAGAACUUUAAAUUAAAAGACACUAUUCUUCUCUUAUAAGAAACGAAGUCUUAUCUUUGAAUCUAUAAUGCAAUGUUAACUAAGGAUUAUUAUGCGACCUAAUUGCUUAGAAUUGAUAUUUAUACAAUAUAUAUAAAAAGACGUUGAAAAAAUAUAGAUUUUAAUAAAUAUGAAGCUUUUGAUCCACCUUGCGUUUUAUAAAGUCUAUUUAGCAGGAAAAGUUAGGCGAAGUGUUAAAAGUUAUAAAGCAUAAAUUGUACCUCACAUGGACCAUGCUUUUUGCACAAGUAUUAAAAAGCAGAUUUUAAAAAGCUCGCAAAAUCCAUAUCAUAAUUUUCAUCCGAUAAGCCCAUUGCGUUUGAUGUUAUAUAAAAGUGAAACUAUAGCUAAUUGUUAACCAUGAAAUGCAACGCAAAAGGACAUUUUGUAUUACAGCCAGUUUACUUCCGUUAAUUAACAAAAUAUACUUUAGACUAAGUGUUUUUUGUGGGUGGAAGAAGGGAGAUUAGAAGUUAACCCUCACCUAACAUAUAAUCAAUAUAACCACUAAAUCGUAAUCGAGUACCUUUACAAACUUAAUACUAAAACGCUUCUCAAAGGCACUACAGGACCAAGAAACUUAGCCCAUUGUUGGCAUUCAAGUAAAACUAAAAUACGCUAGUCAUCAAUUAACAUUAUACUUAUGUACUAAAUCUACUAUAAGAAGCACCUGUCCCCUAUUUGUAUUUUGAGCCACAUUUCAUCGAUAGACGGACUAUUUUCCUGGAACUUUACUAAUAAAU